CACAUUGCCCGCUCUGUCUCAGCGCGCGCCCCCGCACCUUCCUCCCUCCUCCAGGUCCCCCAGUCCUAUCUGUUCGGUUCAGACCUGGCUGCAUUCUCACGGUUUCUGGAUGAGGGAUGAGAGAUGGAGGCAGCGCCGACCUCUGGGAGCUGGGAGCCCGUUGAUGCCGUGCAGCGCAUGUAGAAGGAGACACCGGGCAGCAGCUCUCCUCAGUGGAACAAAACUGAAUUUCAGAUGAUGGACACAGAUGGAUAUGACAGAAUCUGCAACAGAGGUACCUAACAGGGCCUCCAGUGCAGAUGUGAACCUCUUUCGAAAGAUCAUUACUCUAGAUAAAGAAAGUUACAGGCUCAAAUGAGUCUUGAUUUCACCACAUCAACAAAUAUGUCCAGCAGUUCUGGAAACUUAAGAGACCAAACAACCUGAGGCCUGUAUUAUCCACUUGGGCUUCUUUAGGCAGAUGACUCAGAAGUAAGGACAAAAAAGUGAAGGGCAAAUUAUGACAACAUCUAAAGGCAUCUUCCGACCAUUUCUAUUUAUCUGCAUUGUACUGAUUUGCUUCACAGUAUGUUUACUGAUAUAUGUCAAGCCAACAAACAAUUGGAUCUCCAGUCCUAUAGAAUCAGCUAAUUCUAUGCUAAAAAUGAAGAAUUUUUUUUCCACUAAGAAAGAUGAUUAUAAUGAUACCAUCAUUCUUAUUUGGGUGUGGCCAUUUGGACAGACAUUUGAAUUGCAGUCCUGCGAGGCUCUUUUUAAUAUCCAUGGGUGCCAUUUGACUACUGAUCGUAAUCUCUACAAUAAAUCCCAUGCAGUGCUAAUACAUCACAGAGAUAUCAGCUGGGAUCUGACCAAUCUACCAGUGCAAACAAGACCUCCCUUCCAGAAAUGGAUUUGGAUGAAUCUCGAAUCUCCAACUCACACACCUCAAAAAAGUGGCAUUGAACAUUUAUUUAAUCUCACAUUGACCUAUAGACGUGACUCAGACAUUCAAGUGCCUUAUGGCUUUAUGGCCGUAAGCACAAAGCCCUUUGAAUUUGAAGUGCCAAGCAAAGAUAAGCUGGUUUGCUGGGUUGUAAGCAACUGGAAUCCAGAUCACGUUCGUGUAAAGUACUAUAAUGAACUCAACAAAUACAUUGAAAUUCUAACCUUUGGCCAGGCAUUUGGUGAAUACUUGAACGAUAAAAGCUUGAUCCCAACCAUCUCUACUUGUAAAUUUUAUUUGUCCUUUGAAAAUUCUAUCCACAAAGACUAUAUAACUGAGAAACUUUACAAUGCACUACUUGCUGGAUCUGUGCCCAUUGUGUUGGGACCUCCAAGGGAAAACUAUGAAAACUACAUACCAGCAGAUUCUUUUAUUCACGUCGAAGAUUUUCUCUCUCCGAGAGAACUGGCAGAUUAUCUGUUAAUGCUGAACAAAGAUACUGAGCGGUACCUGGCGUACUUUAACUGGAGGAAACACUACACUGUGAACUUGUCCCAUUUCUGGGAAUCUCAUGCUUGCCUAGCAUGUGACCAUGUUAAAAGACAUCAGGAGUACAAAUCUGUCAGUAAUUUGGAGAAGUGGUUUUGGAACUAAGCCUCCCCUUUCAUGUCUGAGCACUUUUUGGGAAGACAUUACAACGGUUACUUGCAUCAAGAUACAAAUUUAGUGCUUUGUCUCACCGUUUACUGCUCUGUUGAAUGCAUAAUUUAACAUAAACUUUGUCAGACAUGAAAAUCUCUUUCCUUCAUCAGAAUCAUCAUUCCCCAACACUUCACAUGUAGCAGCAAUUUCUGUGCCCUCAGAGAGAUUUCCUCACUCUAAGCGUUCUUUAUACACAACUCCUUUUUAAAGAACUUACAAAGUCUCCAUAUUACUGUAUGUAGCAAACUGUGAUCCAUCAUUUCCAUGUCUUUAAACCAAGAUGGAAGUUAGACUGGCCAAUAUCAUAUUAGAACUGUAUAUGUAUACUGUUAUGGAAGUGGAAGAACAAAAAUAAUUACUGGGUGAGAAAUCAGAAACACGUAACUUUACUCUGACAGAUUUUCCAUUACAUUGAAUUGCAGUUUUCGGAUGCGAUACGUCAUGUUCACCUAGGAUCAGCUGAGUCUGCAAGUAACACUUCUGAGCCAUUUCUCACCCUGAAUCCAUCUCACAGUGUGGUUCUGUAUUUAGAAGUCUCACUUUUACGAUCAUAUUGAUCAGAUGUGACGCUGUUGGUUUUAGAUUCACACGCUAUUUUCAAUAUUUUUUUUUUAUGAAGAAUGACAUUUAUUUUCCUAUAAGUAAUUAAAAACAUCAUCACCCUUUUGUAUUGUAAUUGGGAGGAAGAGAAGGAUUUUGUGGCUCUGAACUGGCCAGAAUGGUUCUCUGACAGUCAGGGCAUACACUCGACGUCUAGUAGUAUUCACAAAGGACAUUGCCGUUAUGGCAGCUUUCUUGUCACAUAGUUUACUAUUACCUUUAAAAGGCCAUGUGGUGUGGGUAAUAAGUGUCAAUACUGGAGUAUUAUAUUCUAUAAUGAGAUGGCAGUAUAAUUUCAGCACAAAUUCUGCACUUUCAUAUACGGGGAAUAGCAAACACUGAACAUUUCUUUGGUGAAAUAUGAAUUUUCUGUGAUCAAACUAUUAUUCUAUUUGUCAGAUGAUCACACAGGAUACAGAUCUUAAAUGCUGUUGUUCGGCACCUAUAAACCAUCCAUUGUGUGAAAUGAAAGGGAUUUCUGCAGGUAAAGGUAAGGCUGAUUUACAGUUAUGCUAGAAUGCAGAAUAAAUGCUAUUCUACAUUGCUAAAGCUAAUUUCCAAGACUGCAUGCACUGUUAUGUGCAUAGCAUUUCUGAGAGUUAGAGAGAAUCUGAUGAGAGCAAAGGUCUUGUCUACGCUUUCAGCUUUAAACAUUUUCACGCCCCUGUAUAGAAAUGACAUCAGCAUUGUAAAUCAGAGAUGGCCGGCACUUUGGAGGACAGUGCUCUGUGGUAGGGUAAAUCCACCAAUAACAGAAAAUGACAAACCACGGCAUUCAUAAGUGAAAGUUAACAGUAAGUUACUUAUUUAUUCAGCUGCACCGCACCAAUGACUAUAAAUAAAUGGCCGACACUAGUGUUUCGGUCCGUUCUGGCCCUUGUUCAUGGGCGCAGUGCACUUGUAAGAUAUGUGUAGGGGCAUGACGCAGACACACUGCUCAGCAUCUCAUAGAAUUGAAUUCCAUUCUUUAAGACAGUUCGCAUGGUGCUCCUACACAUUUUACUGUAAUGCACUGUGGUUGUGAACAAGGCUCGGGAUGGACCAAAACUCUAGUGUCGGCCAUUCAUUGGAGCACUUGAAUAAAGAAGUAACCCACUGUUAACCUUCACUUAUGAACACUGUGGUUUCUCCUCUUCAGCAGAAUUGUAAAGUCGCUCUAGAGGACCUGUGCUCUCCAAAUGUUUACUGUGUGUCAUAGGUUUCAGGUCUGGAACAGAAAAGGUUGGUAAACCCGGCUGUAGAUUUCUUGACAUUUCAUAUGAAAUGUGCCUUACUGUUUCUGUGGAGCAAUUCUGUCUGUCGUUUACUGUUUUAUUUUGCUGCUUAACUGGAAGUCAUCUUCACUUAAAACAUUCCCUUUAACAUAUCUAUAAGUUAUGGACGAUAUGGCAAAAUAUUUAUAAUCCAUGUCAGUUUGCUUCUGUUUUAAAGGCUAUGGACACCUUAGAGGGCAUUUUUUAUCAUUGCAUUUUACAAAUUUUGGGAUAAAAAUAAAAAAUAAUUUCAGUUCAUCUUUAUUAAAAGUUUUCAGCUGUUUUUCCUCCACAGCUUUCGCUUUCACUAUAGCUGCAGAGUAUUGUUCUCAUAGACACUCAUAGACAAUCAGUUUGAUAAGAAUUCACCUAUAAUGACUGUUUAUGAGCUGUCAGGAGUUCAGGAGAUAUAGGCUACAGAUUCAGCUAUCAGUGCAGCUCCCUGGCAGAUUCAGUGUGAGGCAGAGAGCAGUCUGUAGAUGUACUGAAACUGAAAGUUGUAGAGGAGAAGCCGUUGAAAUGUUUUAAUUAAAAUCUAUUGAAAACAUGAUUUUUUUUAGCCCAAAAUUGGUAAAAAAGCAUAAAAACUUGCAACCAAAGGUGUCCAUAGCCUGUGAACCGCAGUGCUUAAGUUAAGAGAUCAUGAUGACCACCAAUGUUUCUUUGCUAUCAUAUUAACGUUUGAAAAUAGUAGUAUGAACUACAAAGCACUUACGAGAGGGUUUUCUUUUUGGAGCCUCGAGAUGGCAAACACUAAAUUCAAACAGAUCUAUCUGAGGUGGUGUCAAGUUAAAAAAAAAAAAAACUGUCAUAAUGAACAUUGCAGGCAGCUUGUCAUAGAGCAGGAGGUGAUGGAGAUUGAAAUAUAGAUUUGUGGGAAAAGAUUCAUUAUAAUUUGCUAUAUCAAUCUGCUCAACUUCUCCUGCUCUAUAACAAAGCAACAACAGGUUACUUUAAGCUACAAUAAUAUAGAACCCAAUUGUAUGUGAAAAAAAAUAUGGUGCAGAUUUACUAAUCGUAUCUAAUAUUUAGACAGCCUAAGACUAGACAGUCUGGAAAUGUGCCAGAUUUAUAACUGGUGUAUCAUAGUGCCCGAUAAAUUUGACACAUC